AUGGAACAUUGGAAAGCUGCAAAGAAAGUUUUAAGAUACCUUCAAGGCACGAAGGAUCACAUGCUCAUGUACAAAAGGUCCAAUGAAUUAGAAGUAAUUGGAUAUACUGAUUCAGAUUUUGGUGGAUGUCUUGAUAGUAGAAAGUCAACCUUUGGCUACUUGUUUAUGUUUUCCCAAGGAGCCAUAUCAUGGAAAAGUGCAAAACAGACUAUCGUUGCUUCAUCCACUAUGGAGGCAGAAUUUGUGGCAUGUUUUGAAGCCACAACUCAUGCAUUAUGGCUGCGGAACUUUAUUUCAGAGCUUGCGGUUGUCGACACCAUUAGCAGGCCGCUGAAAAUUUACUAUGAUAAUUAUGCAGCAGUAUUCUUCUCUAAGAACGAGAGAUACUCUAAAGGUGCCAAACAUAUAAAGUUAAAGUAUUUUAACGUUAAAGAGGAGGUUCAGAAACAAAGAGUGUCAAUUAUGCACAUAAGAACUAAACACAUGAUGGCAGACCCUUUGACGAAAGGGUUACAACCAAAGCUAUUUAAAGAACAUGUUUAA